AUGUUAAUGUAUGAAAUAAAUAUAACAAUUGACAACGAGAAAAAGAGCACAGUUACUGGCGGCUUUACUUUGAAAAUUUUUGUUUACCGCAGACCAAAACUUCACAACAAGCACAAAUUUUGCGUUUUUUUUACAAAUGCCGUAAUCUGAUUGGCUGCGUAACUUGCUAUCAAGAGAAAAUAAUGACCCCAUUAUUUUCUCUUGUCGCUGUCUAUUUCGCGAUAGAUAGCUUCGCCGUUAUUUAAAUCCUUGAAGGAUCGAAAGCUGAAUACGAGAAAUCUAGGUAACUUGAUCAUGAAAAGCGAAGUCAAAAGUGAGAACCUUUUCUCUUUUAUUACAGUUGACGAAGGUUGGUCGGAUUGGAGUGAAUGGACUCCCUGCAGCGAAGAAUGUGGCAAAGGGAUUCAAGAGCGUGCUCGUAACUGCACCCGACCGGAGCCUAAUUUUGGCGGGAAACCUUGCGAAGGACAGGCUGAGGAAAUUCGAGAGUGCAACAACAACUGUGAAAAAGACAUAUUCGGCCGUUUUUUAUAA